AUGACCGUCGUUCACCGCCACGGCCCAUGUUCACCCGUCGGCCAGCGGAAGCACAUGAACCACCACCGUCUCCUCCGCCAAGACCAGUACCGAAUCCAAUUUCUCCACCACCGCAUCUCCUUCCCUGCUGCAUCCAAACCAACUGAACCUGGAACCUCGCUCGCCAGCGUGACAGCCCCUUCCCGUUACGGCAUCCCCCUCCGCACCGCCGAGUACUUUAUCACCGUCGGCUUUGGUACUCCCAAACAAGACUAUACCGUGAUCUUCGACACCGGCAGCGACCUCACCUGGAUCCAAUGCAAACCCUGUGUUAAAUAUUGCUACCCACAAAAUGAGUCACUUUUCGACCCAUUGCAAUCCUCCACAUACUCGGACAUUUUAUGCAGCUCCAGCGACUGCUCGCUCAUCAGCGGUCAAUGCGACGCAUCUUAUCAUUGCAUCUACGGCGUCAAGUAUGGCGACAACUCCUUCUCAGCGGGCUACUUUGCUCAGGAGACCUUACAUUGA